ACGAGAUUUCGAGCGCUCAACGUUGACGUCGCGGCUGAAAAUCGGUAAGGCCCGACCUGCAAAGCUCCGAUACAGUGCGUACUGCCUAUGCCGAACGACCGCCAGCGAGUGUGUGACUGUGUGCGGCGCAGACAUGAAGUGAAUAAGAAAUUGGAAAAGCACUAAAACAUAACAUAUAUGUAAGAUCCAUAUAUAUAGAAAAACGCAAAAGAAAACGCAAGAAACGUGGGUAAGGCCAAAAGCGAGGCAAAACCGACCAACAGGCAGCACCAACAGCCACACAGCGGCUCCCCGAUAAUCAGAAAACAUUUCUCGAGCCCUUCGCGCGCCUCCACCGAAAAAGCGCGAAAUACUUAUUUCGGCCCAAACCACCAGAAAUGCACAGAACAGAGAAGCACUCGGAGGCAUCCCAGCUGAGGCUCUGCCUCGAAAUUCAUCAGGAGGAUUCCGGAAAGGAUCUGCAGAUGUCGAGGAAAAAAUGCAAUAAUAACCAACAGCGGCGGGGUCGUCGGAGGCGGACCUGGCCCGGAAUUCACUGGUCCACCAGCCUGGCUAUUUUGCUGCUGACCAUUUGCAUGGCCCACACGUCGAGAGCCGUGCCCGCCAUCGAAAGCAGCAGCGCAUCCUCCGCAGUCGUCACGGUCGCGGUCACGCCGAGCAUGGCGGCCAGCAGCUCGAGCGGCGGAAGCGCCGGAUUCCACGGCCUGGCAGCCAGCACCACGGAAUCCCCGGCCUCCCCGGAGCAGCAGCUGCCCCAGGGCCAAUGCCUGCAGGAUGGACUUUGGGUGCCCGAAACCGCGAGUCGCUGCGAAUACCAGACCAGUUGUCGCGCCAUCCAGCGAACCGGCCACUGCUGCCCCGAUUAUAAAUGCGAUUGCGAAAAGGAUGGCAAAACUUAUGCCAAUGGUGAUAAAUUGGUUGCUCCCGACACGCCGUGCACCGUGUGCUACUGCAAAGGCGGCGAGAUUGUUUGCAGCCCGGUGACCUGUUACCGGCGAGACGACUGCAUGCCCAAAUACGUGCCCGGUCGCUGUUGUCCGGAGUACGACAACUGUCCGAUUCUGGACAACAAUCCGCCGCUGGCCAGUGAGCCGGUGAGCAGCUCCACCACCUCCUCCCCCAAGCCGGCGGCCGUGGCUCAGCCGGCAGGAUUCAACUGGAACAUCACCAUCAAGGAGAUAACCAAGCCGACGGAGAUCCGGAUAACCGACGACAACAAAGCCAAGCCGUCGAUUCCGACUCGAAAGCCCAGCAGUUCGAUGCUAACCACGGAGGGACCAGCACCUGCACCGCCACUAACCACCAGCUCGGUGGAGAGCACCACCACGGGGGGAGCAGGAGCAGCAACAACAACUCCUGGCAUCAACAGCACUCCGGCUGCAGCAGCAGCAACAUCGCCGGCGACAGCAGCAACACCAACGGACAGCCGAGACAGCAACCCGAAAGCACUUUCAGGCGGCGGCGAGAGCUUAAAGCUCAUCGCCUCGGUGGGCUACAUCGAACGACCCCUCUCCCCCAGCAGCAGCAACAUCGUGGAGCAGCAGGUGAAGCCCCUGGUCACCUACAACGCCGACGGACUGCAGCCGCUGGCCGGGAACGACCCCAGCAAGGUGAACAUCAAGCGGGAGUACACCACGGAGGGGCCCUCCCCGAGCACUGGAAACAACGAGGAGUCCGGCGGGUCGUUCUUCAUCCAAAGUGGGUUUAGGGACUCCCUGGUGGAGACGUCCGAUGGGGGGGAACUCGAGCCGGACACCGCAGGCAGUGACAACAUAUACCACAUCGUAUCCACCACGGAGGGACCUGGAUCCAUUGCUAGAGUCACCACGGAUGGGCCGUCGAUACCCAGAGAUGGUCCACCAACCACCCAAUCCACCAUUACACGAACAACCAUCAAAUCUGUAAUUGAAAUCAGCACAGAUUCCCCAGGAGUAAGCAGUGAGAUGCCGCCGCCGAGCUCCUCCACCCACCACUUGGAGGUGGAGGACGAUGUGCCCCAGGUGGAGUCCAAUCCGGCCUAUCCCUCCCUGCCCGAAGACGACUUCAGCCUGCGAGACGUGAACUUUCCGCUCGUGGAGCUGGAGGACAUAGCCGAGUCCGAGAAGGAUGAGCCCAGGAGCAUUCCCAGCACAUUUGAGGUGGACCACCGGCAUGUGAAGCUCACGCCGGACACCAGCCUGGAUGGCAGCGGCAGUGGAAGCGGCGGCGGUGACAUAGAUCUCUACCAGGACAAGUCCUCUUCAACCACCGAGGAAAUGAUGGCGGCUGCCUCUUCCAUCCACGAGAAGCACUCACUGGUGCCUCUGCUGAUGUACAGUGGCGAGGACAUAUCCGGGGAGACCCGCAUCCAGAACGGCAGCGAUCUGCAGCUGGAGAAGAUCUGCCAGGGCGAGGAGGUGGAGGUGGAGCUAGGCAGCGGCGAGGUCAGGGAACGGGAGCCCAUCACCCCCAAACCCAAGCAAGGUUCCACCCUGGAGAUAGAUGAGCUGGGCUCGGGGGCGGGCCAGCAGGUGGGUCAGCAAGUGGGCGGAGUGGAUCCCAAGGCCGAUGCCGAGAGCCUGAAGCUGGACGAGAGCCAGGAGACGGUGGCCAAGGCCAGUUCGCUGGACAAGUCCUCGGCGAGGGCCGAGAAGAGCUUCGUGGAGAGGGCCCUGCCACUGGGACGUCUUUAUCUGCAGAGGAUCUACUGAGGAUCGUCGUCGUCGGCGGAAAUUGGUUUACUUGGAAGAUCAAACCUUUUAUUGUAUAUACAUACACCAUAAAUCCAAGCAUUCAAGUGAGCAAGUGUUAGGUUUAAGUAGCCAGAAAAAAGGAAAGGGGAGGAAGAUGUAUCAUUUCCAUAGACUGCAUGAGAACCCUCUGAAUUUAUCAACCUUAUAAACUAUAUCUUUAACUUAUGUAUGAUUAGCAAAGCUGGGCUCCCCAAAUGCAAUAACGAAAUGUUUCACUCGAAGGCAAUCCACAUUGCUUAGUUAUAUUUCUUAUUUAUACCUAUCUACCUAAGCGCACACACAUAAAACAUCCUACCAUUGCCACGCCCACAGCCGAAAUUCAUCGAAUAGGUCGCAACGUUCGAGAGGAAAUUUUUAACUUGUUUUAUCUCAUCAUGAAUUUAUUUAAUUUGUAGUUUAUUUCAUAACAAAUGGAAAUGAUUAUGGAAAAGAACACUUCGCCCCAGCGGGGGUCUGUUUUUAGCUGCAAUGGCAACCUUUAUAGUCCUCUUACUUUGAAAAGCUUUUAAGUUUAGACUGAAUAUGGCAAAGUUUUAAUUUAAAGCAAUUUACAAUUACUCCUAUUUUAACCAUAAUUUAUAUACGAUCUAAACUAAUUUAAACUUGACAUGAGUCGAUGGUCAUCGAAGUGAAGGACAAGGAUUCCCCGUCAAGGGGUUCCGCAGCUUGCCUCAAUUUCUAAACUAACGAGAGGGGAAAAGUGUCAAAGGAAAAACGCAGUCAUUCUUUAGUUAGUCCGUAAAAUAAAUAAUUACCUUUAUAAACAUAACUUAUUUAGGAGAUGUCCGUGCACACUGUCACCCACACACCACCACACAGAUUUUUUGAGAUAAAGUAAACUUAUUAUAAAAAAUACUUUAACUAGCGUAAAUUUAGAUUGAAGCUCAUUUUAAAGUGUAUGAACUAUGAAAUAAAAAUGAGAUAAUUCUAAACACAAAACAAAAA